ACAGCUGUGGAUCUGAUCAGACGCACCAAUUUGAAGGGCAGGCUUUCGAGACUUCGCUGAACAGUGACUUUCGCUUUGCGUGAGCAUCCCGUUUUGCUUUUGUGAAGACAAAGAGAAAGAAAAUAAUAAAUACAUAAAUAAAUAAAAGUAAAGAGAAGUAAGCGGCAGCAAUUAGAUCUCCCAGCAGAAGUGACAGCAGGUGUGAAUUCAUGUCUGUAUUUUCACCGCAGAUAUACUGCCCAGUGUUUGUGCCCAGCCGAGAUAUGACUGAGGUGAUGAUCAACAGCACCCCCAUGGAGGACAUGAGGCUCAGCCCCAGCAAGGACAGACUCUCCUUCCAGAUAUUCCCAGACCCCUCGGAUUUUGACCGCUGCUGUAAGCUCAAAGAUCGCCUCCCAUCCAUUGUGGUUGAGCCGACAGAAGGAGAAGUCGAGAGCGGGGAGCUCCGCUGGCCUCCAGAGGAGUUUUUGGUCAGUGAGGAGGAGGAGGAGGAGGAUGAAGAGGAGGAAGAAGAGGAACAGAAUAGCAACAUUCAAAAUGGACAGCCAGCACAGAACUCGCAGCACUAGAGGCUGUGUUAUAGCACCCAUACACUCUUUCUUCUUUCUGAUGGACUCUCCCGUUUCAUACACUGGUUAUACUUCACAUCAGCACUCCAGUUCACUCAACUGACAGACGCCGUCUCGUUUCCCAUGACACCAAAAAAGAAGAAAAAAAUCACUCCACGAGAGAAGCAAUAUGCACACAUAACACACUUUUAUGACAUCGUAACUUAUCCUCCUGGACUGCAAAUCCAUCAAAAACAGACUUGGAAGAGAUCAGACAAUGCACACCUCUAACCUUCACCUACUUCUUACCACCGUGUGUCUCGGCCCAGACCGGAUGUCCUGUUGGACAGCGGCAGCUCAGUGCUCCAUGGACAGGUCUCGCACUGCAGGAGGCUACUACUGCUCUGUACCUAACUUCAAAAUGGCUGGCGUCAUGACCCCAGAGGCUUCCUACUUGUAUGCAGAACUAUUGUGGUACCCGUGGGAAUUAUUGUACAGUACACUGUCCAUGUUUGUGUUCAGAAUCUGGUUUGCUAUGUUAUUAUUGUAAUUGCCACUGCUGUAGACUUGUCUGUUCUGGAGAAGCUGAAACUUUGUGACUUGUCUGUUGAAUGGGUUUUGUGCAAAAUGUUCUUGGGAAUGUUUUAAGGGUUUUUUUUGUCCUUCACUGUCAGCCACUCGCAUUUAAAAUAAAUAAGUAAAUAAAUAAAUAAAGGGGGAAAAAAAUAGAAGUGUUGUGAAAAUCAAAGAGGUGAAAAAUGGUAUGCAUGAUAAAUAUAUGUGGAACGAGUUCAUUUUUACCCGUUAUGUACCAAAGUCAAGUUAUGCUAUGAUCCCCCUCGUGACACUGGCCUCCUGAAAGCCUUAUGGACAGUAUUUUGAUGAUGCAGCAAAACGGUAUGACUGAGAACAAAAAGUGUCACAGACAGGCUGCUGUUCAAAGAGAAAAGCUGAAUAAGGAUGGGAAAUGUUAAAUUUUGAAAAGCACUUAAUAAAGCAAUGUACAGACCCAAUGAAGGAUAUGUAAAUACUUGUUCCUAGUGAGCCAACCCCCGAGGCCUUGUAGUGCACUGAUCGUCUUUUUUCUUGAUUUCUUUGUAACUUUUUAGAAAGACAAAGUCUGAGAUUCACUCUGAGCUGUACACAUUGGAUUGUCUUUCCCAGUCUUCCUCUUUUGUUUUUGUUUUUUUAAACAGCCAUACUUUUGAAGCAACACCAUGAAGUACAGGUUGUAGAGAAUUCACACUGUGGGACACAGUUUGCAGAAGUAAUCUUUGUUCACGUCGUUCUUGGAACUCCUGAUGUUUGCCAAAAGCUGUUAAUAUUGUUACUGGUUCUCUGGUAGUAAUGUGUCAGUUUAUUUGCCUAUAGUGUUUCUGUGUUCUUCUCCACUCGGUCAUCAUGACUUGCUGUUUGUGGGGUCAGUUUCUAACUGUUGUAGAAGCAUGUCUGAGAUAUUGUCUUUGUAUUUUCUCAUUUUUGUGGCAUUAGGGCUGUGUACAGAACAUCUCUCUCUCCUGUCACCUGCAGGUCCCACAUUGUUUUUUGUAAAGCUCAGGGAGAUAAGCCACCAUCUUUCUCUUGGUUUUUUUUUCCUGUUAUUUUUGUAUUUAGACCACUCUUCUCAGUGACUAUUACAAAGGCUGUAAAUAAACAUUUGAAUUUGCUAUCCA